AUUUAACCGGGAAGAUGGCGGAGAGGGGUUCGCAUAUUAGAGGGGGUAAAUAAGGCCCGAUCAUCCGCGUCUGACGCUACGAGGUUCACGGGACAUGGGACACUCCUCGAUCCAGCGUGUUUGAUUAUACGUAGGAAGGGAUGCUCAAAUCAUGAUGACGACGUCCUCAACCACACCCUCAACCUCCACCUCCACCUCAACCACGACGACAACAGAGAUCUCGCGGCACGAAUUCACCAAGCUCGACAAGACCGUUUCGUACCUCGACGCCGGGCCCGAGGAUGGCCCCCUCCUGGUGUUCGUCCACGGCUGGCCCGCUGCCGCCGCGAUCUGGCGCCCGCAGCUGACCGCCUUCGCGGGCCUGGGCUUCCGCGCCGUCGCCCCGGACCUGCCUGGGUACGGGCAGUCGGGGCCGAAGCGCAAGGACAAGGAGGACUACGCGCUGGAAAAGGUCGUGUGGCAGAUGCUGGCGCUCCUCCGGCACCUGGGCCGCGGCGAGGCCGUCUGGGUCGGCCACGGCUGGGGCGCCGGCGUCGUGUGGGCACUGCUCGCGCACAACCCGGAGGUCUGCCUCGGGGUCGCCAAUAUGGCCAUCCCCUACCGCACGCUGGACAUGGGCGUGCGCGAGCUCCUCAAGUACGCCAACCGCGAGCUGUACCCGGAGGACGAAUACCCGCACGCGCAGUGGGCGCAUCACAUCUUCUACGAGGACCCGGACAACUUCGAAAAGGCCGUGGCCUUCUUCGACAAGCACGCCGAGGGUUUCCUGAAGUUCGUCUAUUCGCGCCCCAAGGACCCCGCGCAAGACAGAGACAAGCCGGCCUUCACAGCGAGCGUAGUCAAGGACGGAGGGUGGUUCGGGGGCGCCGAGUCACUGCCUGAGCCCGAGGAGCUGGGCGAGAGAUUGCUGGACGACGACACGCACAAGAGCCUGGUUGAGGCUUUUUCCUGGGGCGGCUUUUGGGCCCCGACCGCAUACAAUCUCAACCACGACGUCAACCUCCAAUGGUGCGAGGACUGGUCCGUCAACGAAGGCGUCGUCUCCGUCCCCGUGCUGUUCGUCGAGGCCCUGAACGACGCCGUCGCCGGCACGUACAACUCGAAAAUCUGCGAGCCCAUGAAAAGCUUCUGUAGGAAACUGACCACCGUGAGUAUUGAUGCCGGCCACUGGGUGGCGCUGGAGGCGCCCCAGGAGACAAACGUCGCUAUCUUGAGGUGGAUUGCGCGGGAGCUGCCCGAGGAGAGGGCGUGGCCUUGGGGCAAGAGGAAUCCGUUGAAAAAGAAUGAGUAGAUUGAGCAAUCAGCGGUAGGCGCAGGUCUAUGCCAAAACCUGUCCAAGACCAAGAGCUGCUGGCAAAAACAGAGGCAGGGAAAAGCUGGAGCAGUC